AGCAAUAUCAAUAUUGGCAACUACUGGCAAGCGCCAAUGAUACAAGCUGUAUUGAUCUGAGACGCUGUUGUUCUUCGAGAACAUUCGUGGACUCCCAAUCUUCCUGUAUCAAGGAAUCCUGACUCCUCCUCAUCUUCCUUUUACCCAGCAUCUAUUCCAGCAAAGACACAAUGCCGCUUAACUACUCCAAGUGGGAUCAGCUCGAGCUCUCUGAUGAUUCUGACAUCGAAGGCCACCCGAACGUUGACAAGCGUUCUCUCAUCAGAUGGAAGCAACGCGAUAUUCAUGAGAAGCGCGAGACCCGCAAACUCAAGAUCUCAGCCCUCCGCGCCGAGAUCGCAUGCAAUGGCGUCCUUUCUCCCCGUCUUCACAACAUCCGCGCUACACUCGGUAGUGCAGACGGCGGGUUGAAGUACUUCCAACAAUUGGUGGAGAAAUUGCAAACACAGCCAUCUCCAGAGGCACCGCCGACGAACGCCAAGGAUCAGCCGACCUACGAUGCAAUGAUGUUGUCUUUGCUCCUGCAGGUUUGGGAUGACGCCAAGAGCCUUCCUGCAGAUGAGCGGGAGGCUGCUGUACUCAGUGGUCUCGAUAAGCACCUCAAGCAGCUCGCAGAUCACACAAAGAAGCUGGAGAAGGAUCUUGUUGACGAGGAGAAUGAACAAAAGAAGCACAUCACAAGUGAAGAUAUCCACGAGGGAUUCGACAGCAAGUACACUCCCGCGAAACCACCGCCUCCACCCGUCAAGAAUGCUAAAAUUGAUGCACCGACGAAGACCACAGCGACCAAAACCACUGAGUUCGAGGUGCUGAAUCCUGCUGCCUCGAGUUCUAAAGCGCCAUCGCAAUUGGUUGCUCCGAAGAAUUCCCCAGACCUCGUUGAUGAAGAUGAAGUUGAGGAGUUACCAGAACUCACGCCCUCUCUCGAACGAUUCUCUCGCUUAUCGUUGUGGGACUACGCACAAUCUUUCAGCUUUAUCCAAGCAAAUCGCGAUGUCGUUGUUCCCGGUGCAUCUGACGCGUUACUUGUGGCGGCUUUCCGUGCAGAGUCGAAGGGCCAGUUCGAAUAUGCAGAGAAGUGUGUACACCAAAGCUUACUCCUGCAGUACUGCGAGAAGCUAGGCAAAGAUGGUGUCCGACUAUUUUUCCAGAAGAUGAUCACAGGCGAUCAGCGCGCUGUCUCCGUCUUCGUCAACGAUGUCGAAGGCACAUAUUCUCACCUUAAGACGCGUGCAAAAGUGGCAGAAUCGGAGACUUCUGACGCACAGAGGGAGCAGAUACAACUUGUGCCCGAGAACCCAUCUGCAACCAUCUCGUUCAACGUACCUGAUGGUCCUCCGCCUGAGGACUUGCGCCUCGAGGGUCCAGGGAUGGAGGACCUGGAAGUUGAACAAGUUCGCGAAGCAUUGCAGAUGCGAUGGGAUGUUUUCGAGGGCUUCCCUGAGGACCUGAAGGCCGCGCUCAAGGUUGGGACUCUGGAUGAGGUCAACAAAGUGUUGGGUAGUAUGGACGUUAGCGUUGCGGAAGACGUAGUGGGAAAGCUUGAGGUGGCUGGUAUCAUGAGCUUCGUGUCGGGAGGUGUCCGGGAUGAGACUGGGAAUGUGAAUGAGGAAGAAGACGAAGACAAUGCUGAAUAAAUACAAGGAGUAUGUGUUUCCGGUUGAUCAGGUUAAAUGCGUACACAUUGCUAUGUUGUAUAACUGCUGUCGAACGAGGAGUCUGAUGUAUGUUGUACGCCUUUAGUCUACAAAUGUCUUGUUACUGACUCGAUUGUUAUUUCGCCCCAGUUCUUUCGUAAGAGGAUACGCAGUGCAAACGGUAGCACAGCAGGAAGCUUGGAAGUUACAGUGUCAAAAUGGCCAUUGAUUUACACGGGACGCGUCUACACGACCAGUCGCGUAAGACAGUUGUAGAUAACAAAAUCUCCCAGCUGUGCAUCCAGUUCUUUACUAC